AUGUUGCGAGUUUCUACUGCGAUCAUGGCACCUGCCCUGGCGCUCUACGAAAGCCCGCUGCGCUACUACAAGAUCGUGGAUCCGGCGGCCGACAUCCGAGACCUCGAAGUGGGCGACCUCAGCGACAUGGAAUCUGACGUUCCCGCUGCCUUCUUGCAGCACUUGCGAGAAGAGCGUGAACGCAAACAUCGAGUCCCGCUCUUCCCAGAAGACUUUGAGCACAAUCCAGAAGCCUUCUCCACAUCAUCCGGGUCGGCAUCGAUGUCGUUUGCUGCUAUGACCCUGGAGUGGACAGAGCAAAAUGGAAGAGAAGGCACUGACCGCCUCGCACAGCGUUGGGCAACGAUGCUGGAAACCGCAGGCCUCUCAGCAGAGAUCUUUGCUGUGGAUCCUGGAGAGCUUGUUUUCGCAACGCACAGGAGAGAAGAGAUCAGCAUCAUAGAGCAGUUUGUACUAGCGCAAGAAGACGUGCGCUUCUUCGAAUUCCAGCAGAAGCGCCAAGAAGCAAUUGCAAAGGAGCGUGGACUCUACAAAAGCCCGCUCCGGCCAAAGGCGAACAUCGCCCUCAGUGAGAGAGAAAAAAAAUGCCUCGUGAAGGAGCGGUUGAAGGCAGCGGAAGCUGUGCAUGACAUCGAACCAGGAGAGAUUCGGGUAAGAGCGGAAGCUGGCGCAAACAAUUGGCAGAUCCGCGGCUGGAUAAAGUCUGGUGGCAAGGUCCCUCCCAGCACGGUGCAUCCCGUGAUUUGGAAUCGCCUGCUUCAGGCAACGUACAGCUGGGACAACGAGGACGACAAUGCCGCCUUGAGCGACGACCUGGAAGAGGCACCUUCUGCGGGAGGCACAUGCCAAGACCCUCGCGAGCACUAUGACACACUGGCUCCACAGUCCAUGGAGCAAAGGCUGCAAUCGCCUACCGUGCGCUUGAGGAAUUUCAACUCCUUUGCAAAGGCCAGUCUCCUGGAACAAUUUCUCAACAAGGUGCUUUCCGAGGUUGAUGGAGAGCACCCGGAGAUAUCUGUUCUGGAUUUGGGCUGCGGCAAAGGGGGAGACCUCAAGAAGCUCAUCAACUCUGGUGUGACGGCAUACUGCGGUGUGGACAUCUCGCGCAGCUCCUUAGAGGUUCUCAUCCGGCGCGUGCAGGAAUUGAAAGAGAAGCUUUCGAGAGCAAGGCACGGGGCUUUGGGCCGUACCCGCGAGUCCCCGCUUCGCGAGGUCUCUGUGAUCCACGCGGAUAGCUGGCAACAGCACUUGGAAACUAUUUGGGACGUCCGUGCAAGGCAGGAGAUCAUUUGGCCUUGCAUCGCUUUGCUUGUGGCACGGGAGUGCUCGCGUCGAGUCUAUGGGGAAGACAUGGUUUCAUAUGGUUACCUCCCAAAUGGCAUGCCAUUAUGCCUUUCAAGCCCAGGCAUCAGUGGAGGUCCUUCUCCACAAUGUCUCGAUUCGACUUUGUCGUGGUGGAUAUUUUGUUGGGACCGUGCCGGACGCAUCGAGAAUUAUCGCAAUGGCACGCGCCCAUGGUGUGGACCAGUCGUCCAACGUCGUGAACGACAGGUUUCGCUUGGCGGAUGCUGUCGAUGCCUGUGCCGAACCUUUGGUGCAUUUCCCAAGCUUCAUUUCCUUGGCGAAGCGCCAUGUGCCUUGGCUGUCAUGACUGAAAAUGCCAUGCCGUUGAACGUGCUUGAGCCUAUGCGAUGCAAUCUUGAGCUAGAGGAGAUCUUUGCAAGGGUGCGAGGGCAUGACAAAACAAUCAAAGGGAACAGCAACUUGCUUUGCCAGGGUUUGGAGCUUUGCUUGGGACCCACGCCGCUUACAGAUCUUGCGCUCGCAAGCGACAUGAAGGCCGGUUUGAGACCAGAUGAAAGCAUUUUUGGUGCACCGUUGCAAAAGUUUGCGUUUGCAGGCAGGCUGGUGGCGACAUUCCUGGAUGCCAAGAAGUUUCUGAUGGUGAAAAACUCAGCCCAGAUUUACAUCAUCGCAAUAAUGUUAACGUCCAAGCGCGGAAGGCGCAUGGUUGUAGAGCAUGUGGCGCAGUCCAUCAAGUCAGGGAAGCAUGUAGCAAUCAAGUGCAUGAAGAAUCAUUUCGACAGCAUAGACCAAGUUAACAACUUGCGCGAGAUCCAGGCGCUUCGUCGCUUAGCGGGACAUCCCAACAUAAUCAAGCUCCACGAGGUCUUAUACGAUGAGCCGACAGGGAGACUUGCUUUAGUCUUUGAGCUCAUGGACAUGAACCUCUAUGAGGCCAUCAAAGGCCGCAGGCACUACUUGCCGGAGCAGAAGGUAAAACACUACAUGUACGAGAUGUUGAAGGCACUGGACCACAUGCAUCGCAACGGUAUUUUUCAUCGAGAUGUGAAGCCUGAAAACCUGCUUUUGCUAGACGAUGAGAUCAAGCUUGCAGAUUUGGGCAGCUGCCGCGGGAUAUACUCUCGCCAGCCGUUCACAGAGUACAUCUCCACAAGGUGGUACCGAGCACCAGAGUGCCUGCUUACAGAUGGGUACUACAACUUCAAGAUGGAUCUCUUCGCAGCCGGCUGCGUUUGUUUUGAGAUCGUGGCGCUGUUUCCCCUUUUCCCUGGACAGAACGAGAUGGAUCAAAUCCAGAAGAUUCACAAUGUGCUCGGCACUCCGCCGGCAGAGCUGCUUGCUAGGAAAUUUCGUCGAAAUGCGUCCCACAUGGACUUCAACUUCCCCGAAAAGAAGGGCACUGGCAUUGAGCGCCUGAUCCCCCAUGCCGACCCAGAGCUCGUCGAACUCAUGAAGAAGCUGGUGAGGUAUGACCCUGAUGAGCGCAUCCUUGCGAGGCAAGCUUUGAAGGAUCCAUACUUCCGCGAGCUUCGUGAAGCUGAGAAGGAAAUGGCCACGGCUGUAGCUCAGCUCCAGUCAACCAGCGGUGGCUCGCGUAGUCGCGAUCCCAUGUCAAAGGCUGGCCUGAGUGCCACCAGCAGCGUCGCAAGUAACGCUGAGCACGAGAAUCCGGAGCAGACGCAUGAGCCCAGUCGCAGCAGUAGUCCUGCGCCUGAGGAGUCACGCAGCGGCGGGCUGCCCACCAUCCGCCAGGAGCGACGCAAGGUCGGCGGGAUGGCAGACAGUGACGAGGUGCACGAUGAUGGUAUGGUCCUUCCGCCCAUUGGCGGGCUCAAAGGCAAACGCGACAGCAAGAUGAAGACGCAGACCUUCAAAACUGCAGCUGCCGCAUCCUUGCAGAAACCUGGCAUGGUGCAUGGAACUAUGACAGUCCAUGGAUCUAUGGGAGGUGUGCACGGCGCGGAGAAGUCGCUGGGUGUGCUGGGCACAUCAAAGGGGUUCAAUGGAACUGUCAGCAGCACGACAGGAGGAGCCAACACGCAGUCCAGCAUGUCCUCCACUGGUGAUCCGAUGUCGUCAACGAACCCGCAUAGUUGGACUACAACCGACCACCAAGACCACAGGCGUGGGGUGAGCUCAGGGUCUGGCACGACAGCCGACAAGAUGAACUCCACGUGGGCUCCAAACUCGCAGCGGAGGUAUGUGUCGCCCUUUGGCGCGAAGAUGCCCGGAGGAGGGUCCAAGAAGCGCUAG